ACCUUAAAGAAGAUGACGGAAGUAGUAGUAGAAGAAGAAGAACUGUGAACUGGAAGUUCUUUCAUUUUGGCCGAAGAACGAAAAUUGUCUGCUUAUUUUUUCCUAUGAAGUCAGUCUGAGGACCAAAACCAUGAAACGAACUCUAAUGUCUGGCCUGAAAUAAGUCGUGCCGCACACCAAGAGACAGGAAACAUAUCUGUUAAGCAGUUAUCGUGUAGUCGAUCAUAAGAAUUAAACGAAAUCGUUUUCUGACCUGAAAGAAGCUUUGCUGUGCUAUUAGCACGGGAGGCUAACUUAGCUUUAGCUGCCUAACGUUACCGAACUGUGAUUGUGUCGGACUCGUCAGGAAUAUCCAUAAGGACAGGAGUUUAUCAGCUGGAGCAGAGGAAGACAGCAGGAGUUGCAGGGAUUCAAGCAUCCCUUUUCAUCAUCGGGCUGAGAUGACAUCACAGCAGCCACAGCUUCCCAAUGCUGUUAUUCCUCCCCAGCUUGCCCAGAACUCCUCUGCUCAGCAGGCCCGGCCUCACAUUCAGGACAAUCAGCUGGACUCAAGUCAGAGCAGUGCAACUGCUGGGCCUCUGGAUCCCAGAGCUCUGACAGGCAGGCCGGGCUCCUCCGCUGUGGCAGCAGCCAGUGGGGAGGUGGCCAACAGAAACGUCUCUGCCUCCUGCACCAACUCAAGCUUGUCCAGAAGAGAUGGGGGCUUUGAGCCGUGGCCUGAGGAAGCAGUGGACAACUCCCAUGGGCUGUACUCUCUUCACCGCAUGUUUGACAUAGUUGGAGCCCAGCUAACCCAUCGGGAUGUCAGGGUACUGUCAUUCCUGUUUGUUGACGUGAUUGAUGAGUAUGAGCGUGGCGGCAUCAGGAGUGGAAGGGAUUUCCUGCUGGCGCUAGAGCGCCAGGGUCGCUGUGAUGAGACUAACUUUCGACACGUUCUCCAGCUUUUAAGGAUUAUCACCCGCCAUGACCUAUUGCCUUAUGUCACACUCAGAAAACGGCAGGCUGUGUGCCCAGACCCUGUUGACAAGUACCUGGAAGAGACAUCAGUGCGCUACAUUUCCCCAAGAGGAGCAGUGCGGAGCAAAGAUACUGCGCCUCACAGAAGAACAGGUCCUCACCCAGUCAUUUGCUGUUCUCCGUCAGGACCCCAUGUUGGUCCUCCCCGAACAAAGCCAGCUCCUCCUGUACCAAACCGCAAACGGAGGAGAAAUCAUUCCUCAGCUGACUGCAGAGAGAAGCAAACAUGUGAUAUCCGCCUCCGGGUUCGUGCUGAGUACUGCCAGCAUGAGUCUGCGCUUCAGGGUAACGUCUUCUCCAACAAGCAAGAGGCAGUGGAGCGACAAUUUGAGCGCUUCAACCAGGCAAACACUAUCCUCAAAUCCCGAGACUUGGGCUCCAUCAUCUGUGACAUCAAGUUCUCUGAGCUCACCUACUUGGAUGCCUUCUGGAGGGACUAUAUCAAUGGAUCAUUGCUAGAGGCCCUUAAAGGGGUCUUUAUCACAGAUUCCUUAAAACAGGCUGUGGGCCAUGAAGCUAUAAAACUGUUGGUCAAUGUUGAUGAGGAGGACUACCAGGCUGGUCGACGCAAACUGCUACGUAAUUUGGUCACAAGUGGAGGGAGUCCACCUGGAGCUAGCAAAGACUCUGUAUCUUAGACACUCUCCAGGUGGUAGCAUAAGGGAGAAACGCUGCCGUGCUUUCCCCACAGGGAAUAGAGUGAGAUGUGGUUGUGUCGUUUGAGGUGCCUGAAGUGUGUGCCUGAAAGGAACUGAAGGACUUCCACCGCAUUAAUUCCUAGAGAGCUAAGGUCAUAGGAUAUCUACUUGGCACCCCUAAGCAUAGCAUGUGAGGUGAUUGGGAACUAUGUUAGCAAAAAGAAGAAGGUGUAUACAGGUUGACAUUAUUUUUAAUGUUAAGCUGUUCAUUUUCUUCAAGGAGGAGAAUGCUGAUUCAUUCGUGCAUUGAAUUUAACUAAUUUCUUGUUUCUGGUAUGUUUUCAUUGAAGCAUUGAGCUCAUUGAAACACAUUGUUAUUCUAAAGAUAGAUGAUCUUAACAACCUGUUCAGAGUCCAGUUCUUUUCAAUACAACGAAGUUACUCCCAGUGGGAGUUGUACCUUACUGUCAAACUGGUUUUUCAGGUACAUUACAGAUUGAUUGGAUAAACCCAAUGAGAAAGUGUUCUGUAUGUUAUAUAAAGGCACAGACUGUAGGAGUUAAAAUUAGUUUUUAUAUUUCUUUCAGCGUAUUAUCCUACUUUCCCCAGAGUUUCCUUGUCUGUAAAGAUGGAAUCUUUCAGAGCCUUUUUUUAUUGGCUCAUAUGUGUUCACUGUCAACGUUGUGUCUUGGCUUUGUUUUAACAAAUUCUUUGUUUUACAACAUGGCUUGUUACCAGCAGCUGUGAUUCUGGCCUAAUGUGAAAUUCCAAUUGUCCAGUCACUGCCAAUAUUUAAACUUUGGGGAUCAUUUUAAUGUGUUGAAUACCAUCCAAUGAAACAUUGAGUCAUUCACUGGUGUUUUAGAUUUGUUUGGAUUUGCAAAUUAGGGCCAGUUUCAUUGUCAGCCUGUAACUCUGCUUACUCAUCGUCUCACUCAUGAUAUAACACUGACAAAUUUUAAAAUUUGAAAUGACCCUUAAUAGCUAAUUAACAGCAGUUGAAAAUCACAGACAGUGUGUGUAGAGUUAUCUCAGUUGUGAGGGUAGUAAGAUGCCAGAACAAAUUCACAGUUAAGAUAUUUCACCCAGUUGUUGUUGGACUUGCACAUUAAAUCCUCAGCAGUCUUCUCUGUGGACUUGUUAUGCCUCCAGGUGAAUGAGGAUGUAGUUGAGUCCAUAUGCUCAGUGUUACAAUCACUUUCUUAUCCAGUCGCUUGACACCCAGUUGGACAUGUUAGACAAACUAGGCGUCCAGGUGUCCUUAGUUCGAUCCUUCUCCAUCAUGGGGUGUGGCAUCUCUACAGACAUUCACAAACCAAACUGGAGUUCUUUUUAUUAAGGUUUUGAUACAGGAAAAAACUAACUGUGCGGGUCAACAUAAUAGUAAGGUAUAUAGCAUGUUAAUCUUCUACAAUUAAGUGCGCAGAUCUAGAACAAUAUUAUGCCUAUAGUGGAAGAAUACCACUUUUACAGUGUUGUCAGAAAUGCUAAUUAACCAAAAUGUAAAUUUAUAUUAAUUUCUUUUUGGUAUAUGGAAUGAGGUGGAUUAACAGAAGACAUUAGGUUUGGUGGGUGCCUGUGACAAACCCGUGUUGACAGUAUUACUGAUGAUAACAUUUUAAUUUAAUGCAGUCCUAAAAUACAUUCAGUUGCCUCUUUAUUAGGCACACCUUUUUAGUUCUGAGAAGGCCCCCUGAAGAGGGGAUUGGGGAUUAUGGCCUCACAAAUUUAAUGCAGAUUUUGUGGCUGCACAUUCGUGAUACAAAUCUAGCUAUUGCGCCUCAGAUUACAGGAGCUGUACUCAGCUAAACAGGGUGCAGGAUUUCAACAAGGCUGGUGAUAUAAAACCAAAACUGAUCUGUAGUCAUGUUUAGCUUCAGGAGAUCAGUCGCUGGUACACAUCCAUCCCAUACAGCUUGUUAUUUUUGAGUAGCUUCAACCUUUCCAUUUAUUAGCAUUGCAGUGUAAGCCAGAUUCAGAAAUUGUGCACAUUAAACGUUCCUGGCAUACCCAGACAAGAGUCUGCCCUUGUGUGCCCUUGAGCCUCCUGUGGCUAACAGUCGCCCUUAUCAACAGCUAAUUAAUCAUGUAUUAUUAGAUGUUGAUAAUAGAUGAUGCCAGUGAGAGCGCUGCACAACUGGCAGUUCACCCAUUGCCAGUACAAUGCAAAACUUCUCCGUUCCAGUUGCAAUUUUUUUGGUAGGCUUGUUUGUUCUGUAAUACUUUGUGGAUUAGAAAUACAGACUACUACUGCCGGCCUAUUUAUUUUGCAAGUUUAGAACUUCCAUGCAUGUUAGCGGCCAACUGACUGUAGGCUGUAGUUUCUGUUCUGUUUAAUGCAACUAUUCACAAAAAAUGUGAGUCGUCGACCAACUUUUACACCUGACAAAAGUGACAGUAUUAGACAAUCCUGCAAAAUCCUGGAUUAUAUUUGUGACAACAUCCUUCAAAUUCUUGCUUUCUACAAUAUCUGAGCACAGCAACUAGUAUGCUAUGGGGAGAGAACAAUCGUGGUUACGUUUAUUAAAGAGGCAAAUGUCAAUUGCAGGUCUGUGACGGGAUGGAAUUUCCAGUCUCCUGUACCAAAGUCAGACACACAUCUGCCCAUCCGCCACCCCAACCCCCAUACCCUUUCUUUUUUGAGUAGCUGCAUAAAGGACACACUACUUCCUGCAUUGGCACUGAACAUUGGCAUUUGAUGUUAAUCGCACGGUGGUAAGAUAGAAAAGGGGCAACAUAGUCAUACAUUUUUAAACUUUUAAAAUUGUAGCUUUAAAAAAAAGUAAAUUGACAUGCUGAAAUGUCAUCACUGGUUUACCAGGACUGGUUAUGACUCAAUGCAAACUCAAAGUACCUUUGUUUGGAAAUGUUUAAUAUCAGUGAUAAUAUAUCAGUAUAUCAAAGAUGAAGCAUUGCUGUUUUGUGGUGAGAUGAUUUUGAUUUUGUAACAGAGGUAGAUAAGAGACUAAAUGUCAUUUAAGUAAAAUUUGUCAUUUGAAAUGCCAGUCUCUAAUGCUAAUAUUUGACAUGUUUCUGUUAUUCAGUGCACAUAGCCAAAUGGUUGACAUAAAAAAAUCUGUGUACCCUUUUAAAAGUUCAGUGUACGUUUUUACCAAAUAUAUUCUUCCUGCUAAAAACGCUUAUUUUAAAAAUCUUAUCUCUGCUAUCAUACCAUCCAUGGGUACAUAUCAGAACACGCAAGUCAUGAUUGACACGCCACUAUUACUGUGAAUUAAAUAGAGUAGGCCUACAUUUUAUAUUUUUCCUCCAGUGGAAUUUUAUGUUAAGGUUGCAAGUUAGUAUCUAUUAUAUAGGUUUGUGUAUGUUAUGUUGAUUGUAUGUUAUGUUGUCAUUUGCAGCUGUCUUUUACGCAAAAUUGCAUGUAAGCUGUUAUCUCCAGAAAUGUCAUAGAAACUCACAGUGCUAACAUUUUGUAAAUAAUAUUGGAUGUCAGGUUUUCUUACUUCAAUUUUGCAUUUCUUUCAGGAAACAGACAAGUAGGACUGUUAAUAAAUGAAAUGGAUGGGUUUUGUUGAAGUCCCAGCCUAGUUGUUUUUUUUGUCACAUGACAUAUAAAGCAGAGUACAAUUUUCAGAUAAGAGAAUAUAUAGGAUAUAUUUAAACCAUGAGAAUCCUGAUGGAUCAAUUU